UAGUUUUUAAAAAGUACCACUGCAUUAUUCUAUAAUAAUCGCAUUGCAUCGUGGCAAUAUCUUGAUAGGGCUACAGUCCUCUCAAACCAGUGUGCUUGUCCUAUCAAACCACUCUGCUUUUAUGAUUGUAUUUACUUUCAACUAUAAAAGGAGAAGGCAGAUUGCUCAACGGCGGCUAGCACUGUUUCCAUCACGGUUCACAGAAAUUGAAAGCGAGGCAGAGGGGAAACGAGGGAUAAAAAUGGCGGAAGUACUGGAAAUGGAUGCGGGAAAGCUUGUAUCAUCGACGGAAACCCCACCAGAAAUGGAUGCGUUAACGUUUGUAUCCAAAGAUGAAGGGGUCGGAUCAAGCAGCUCGGAAACUGUUGCAGAGCUUGCACUUGAUCAGAAAUUUGACCUGGUGAGGAGUGUUGGUGAGGAGUGCAUUCAAGAAGAUGAAUUGAGGAACUUACUUGCAAAGAAGAAGAACCCGGUAUGCUAUGAUGGGUUUGAGCCUUCUGGGAGAAUGCACAUUGCACAGGGUGUGAUGAAGGCAAUAAAUGUUAAUAAAUUAACUGCUGCUGGUUGCACAAUGAAAAUAUGGAUCGCUGAUUGGUUUGCACAAUUAAAUAAUAAAAUGGGAGGUGAGCUGAAAAAGAUUCAAACAAUUGGUCGUUACCUGAUUGAGAUAUGGAAAGCUGUCGGCAUGAAUCUCGAACGAGUUGAGUUUCUCUGGUCAUCAGAAGAAAUUAACACACGGGCUCACGAAUACUGGCCUCUUGUGAUGGACAUUGCUCGAAGAAACAAGCUUCCAAGAAUAGUAAGGUGUUCUCAAAUUAUGGGGCGGAGUGAUCAAGACGAAUUGUCGGCAGCCCAGAUUUUCUAUCCAUGCAUGCAAUGUGCUGAUAUCUUCUUUUUGAAGGCUGAUAUCUGCCAGUUGGGGAUGGAUCAGCGGAAAGUAAAUGUGCUUGCUAGAGAGUACUGUGAUGAUAUCAAAAGGAAAAAUAAACCGAUCAUUUUAUCUCAUCACAUGCUUCCUGGACUACAGCAAGGGCAAGAGAAGAUGUCAAAGAGUGAUCCAUCAUCUUCUAUCUACAUGGAGGAUGAAGAGGCGGAAGUGAACGUGAAGAUUAAGAAAGCCUACUGUCCACCAAAGAUUGUGGAAGGAAAUCCUUGUUUGGAGUACAUUAAAUACAUAGUCUUCCCAUGGUUUGGAAAAUUUGAAGUAGAGAGAGAUGAGAAGAACGGUGGCAACAAGACUUACAAUAGCUUGGAGGAACUCAUUGCUGAUUAUGAGAGGGAGGAGUUGCAUCCUGCUGAUGUCAAGCCUGCACUUUCAAAGGCUUUAAAUUCGAUCUUACAGCCUGUGCGAGAUCACUUCAAAAAUAACAAGGAAGCAAGAGAACUCCUUAAAACGGUGAAGUCCUACAGAGUCACAAGGUGAGAGUCAAAAUCCAUACUGGUACAAAUGCGGCAAGCUCUGAGCACUAGAAAUAUUUAGCCGAUUGUUGGCACUGAGAUUUUGGAAGAUUAGGUUUAUUUUUCUCAAUACUGACCUGGUUUUGGGGAUGAUCCCAUUCAAUGAGAGGAUGAAUCCCCAAUUUUUCAUAUUGGUUGAUUUUUAGAAUUUGGGAAUCAAUCCCUAUUUCACAUUGGAUAUUAAGAAAUUUGGUAAUUUUGUACGCUAAUGUCAUUGAUUUUCAGGGCCUGAAAGAUAUCCAUGAUUUUUUAAUGGGA